AUGCCUAAAAGGAGAAACGUCACGUCUAGUGAGCAGAAAAUACCUGCAAAAGAUGAUGGUUCAGUUCCCGAGAGGCCUCUGAAACUUCGAAAACAGAAUAGGCCCUUAGAAGAUAAAGAGAUAUGUGAAAAUCUUACAAACGAGAGUGACGACAACUGUAGUGAUUUUGACGACGAUGUAGGCGAUCCUGAUUUUAUUUUAGAGAGCGAUCACAACACGGAAUCUGAACAAUCCGAUGAGGAUGAUGUUGACGUCACGUAUCCCCAUGUUGAGGAAGUUCACCACGGAGAAAUCAACCAUAAUCACGACAAUGAAGAACAGGAAAGAGAAGUACGAGCUCAUGGAAGCCAGGACAUUACAGAACAGAUCGGAAAAGAGACAAUAGUCGGAGAGAAACAGCAUGGCGCAGCAGAGACUAGAAUUGAAGAGAUCGGAGAGGAGCAGUAUAGCGAAGUAGAGACGCGAAAUGACCAGGGUAGUGAAGAUCUUAGAAUAGACCAGGAGCCAAAUGAAGAAUCAACAGGAGAGCUGCCGCGCUAUUUUUACGGGAAGAAUAGGUACAAAUGGGCAUCGGCGGAACCAUCCCGAACAAGUCGAGUACGCGUGCACAAUAUUGUCAAUGCACCAUCUCAAGGUACCAAGGGGGUAAAGAAAUAUUUUCUUCUGAGAAAGGUUCACACACACCUACAUAAAAAAGAAAUAGGCAUUUUGAAACAGGAGAUAGAAAAGACGAAGAAACGGAAAGAUGGCAUUAGAAAAAUGUUGUAUAGAAUAAUGGAAAAUAAGAAGAAAAAUGAAAAUAUAUCGACUGAAGAAAAAGUAGAACAAUUGGUAGAAAAUUUUAAUACACAAAAGUGUGAAGAAAUUAAAGAGCUAAUGUUUGGUGAAAUACCUUCAAAAAGUGUUGAAGAAGGGUACAAGUGCUUGAGAAAAAAGGAUAAGAAAGAAUUCUCUAAUGUGGUUAUGACGGAAAAAGAAAAGUUUAAAAAAUAUAAACUCUUGACACCAGCAAAAAUAUUUACAGUAAGAAAUAAAAAAGAAAAUAAGACAGCUAAAAAUGAAAACUUGAAAGAGCAGCUAAUUUUAGAGUUUUUUGACGAUGAGGAGGUGACUAAAAUUGCAGCUGAUAAAAAAAGAAUAUAUAACAAAAAUCCAAAUAAGGUAGCAGAAAAGAUACUUAAUGGACAUUGA